CUCCAACCCCCAAAACCUUCACAUCUGACUUCCAACUUCCAGAACCUUUCCCAUCCUGAGGGCUGUGGGCUCAGGACAGGUUUUCGGGUUCUGGAAUCUUCGAACCCCUUGCAGAGAUCUGAAGAGCCCCUAGAUUCAACCUGCCUCCCUGUCCCCCUUUCAAUCGUUUCUUCAUCAAACACGCUUCAGAUCAACCCUGCAAAGGGCUCUGCGCCAGGGGCUGGGAAGAGGUGGGGUGGAGAGCCCAAGAGGCGCCGGCGAGGUUAAGGGGCGGGGUCGAGAAGGGAAGAAGGGAGGGGUGGGCGUGGUGAACUUCGACUGGGCCACUGAGAAGCUCGGCGGGGCGGGGAGAGGGGGUGCCUGGCGGGAGGUGAGGCGGGGAGGAGGCAGGAAGGAGACAGACCUGGGGGGGGGGGGCGGGGGCUCACACUCAGGUGAAACCCUUUGCCCCUGCCCGCCGCCCAGAGGAGCUAAGAGGUCGGAGGCUGGGCGGUCGUCUGGGGUGCCAGCAGGGAGAACAGAGAGACCCCAGGACAGCAAGGACAUCCCACGGCCACCCGAGCCAGGUGUUGGGGUCCACAGGCAGCUCAGGGAAAGUGCUCGCCCCAUCCCGUCUCUCCAGCCCACGUCACUCUUGGCAGAAACCCCGAGGCCGACCAGGAUGCGGUGUCGCCAGCCCCUGCGGACAGAGGUGGGCCUGGCCGUAGCCCUGAGCAUCUUCUCCCUCCUUCUCCUCCUCCUCUUCAGUCUGCACGUGUCACCACCCACCUUCCAGAGCCAGGAGGAGCCCCAGGGACCCCCCCUGGCUCUGACCUGGCCGGCUCAGCCCUCCCGCCCACUGCCCACCCCCUGCUGGGCCAAUACCUCGGUGGCCGCCCUGCCGAGCUUCUCAGAGCAGCCACAGCAGGUGCGCGACUUCCUGCUGUAUAAACACUGCCGCGACUUCCUGCUGCUCCAAGACGCGCCGCCGAGCAAGUGCGCGCAGCCAGUCUUCCUGCUGCUCGUGAUCAAGUCCUCACCCAGAAAUUACGAGCGCCGGGAGCUGGUGCGGCGCACGUGGGGCCGCGAGCGCCGGGUGAAGGGCGCCCAGCUGCGCCUCCUCUUCCUGGUGGGCACGGCCCCUGACCCCCUGGAGGCCCGCAAGGUCAACCAGCUGCUGGCGAUGGAGGCGCGGGUGCACGGUGACAUCCUGCAGUGGGAUUUCCACGACUCUUUCUUCAACCUCACGCUCAAACAGGUACUCUUCCUACAGUGGCAGGAAACUCGGUGCACCAAUGCCAGCUUCGUGCUCAAUGGGGACGAUGACGUCUUCGCACACACGGACAACAUGGUCUCCUACCUGCAGGACCACGAUCCUGACCACCACCUGUUUGUGGGGCAGCUGAUCCGCAAUGUGGGCCCCAUCCGGGUUCCCUGGAGCAAGUACUACGUGCCAAAGGUAGUGACACAGGAAGAGCACUACCCACCCUACUGCGGGGGUGGUGGCUUCCUACUGUCCCGCUUCACGGCCACCGCCCUGCGCCGGGCCGCCGCCACACUGGACCUCUUCCCCAUCGACGAUGUCUUCCUGGGCAUGUGCCUGCAGCAGGAAGGCCUGGAGCCCGCCUCCCACAGUGGUAUCCGCACAGCCGGCAUCAGGGCCCCCUCGGCCCGCACGUCCUCCUUCGACCCCUGCCUCUACCGGGAGCUGUUACUCGUGCAUCGCUUCCUGCCUUACGAGAUGCUGCUCAUGUGGGAUGCGCUGACCCAGCCCGGCCUCACCUGCGGCAAGCGGCUACACAUCUCCUAGGUGGCACCAGGGCCCCCAGCCUCCAGGCUCCGAUCUCCACCCCCAUGCAAAGGGGCAGCCCCUUCCUCCCCAGAAGUGGAAAUCUUUGUUCCCCGAAGCGGGUCAGGCAGAGGGGAGUGCCAGGGAGGGUUUGAUGAGUGCCCAGGCGAGCUGGCAAACUCCUAGACGUCUUUCCAAACCCAUCCGGUACUUGAUCCCACGUUCCAUCAUCCUCCCUAGACUCUCAGCUGAAGGGACUAUCUCUUUCCGUGGCAGCUAAUUGGAGAAGCCCCUCUGCUAGGGGUUCCAGCUGCUGCUCUGGCAUCAACCGCAUUUGAGUCAAGGUCCAUUUCCCAGCUCCGACCUUCAAGGUCAGUUGGGAGCUCCGAGGUCCAUUUGCAGCUGAAGUGAGCAGUAUUUUUCAGCCUGGGAAAGUUUUGUUCUCAGCCUCUCCCCCGGUCUCCACCCACCUCAGAUGGUAGAAGGGGCCCGAGAAGCCAUGAGUGGGACCUCCCCCUCCCUGCUUGUGGUAUCAGGUGUUCUAAUGGCGGAAGCAUUGGGCAGAGGAGGGAGGCGGCUGUCUGACUCAGGCAGUGCCAGCUCAGAGUUUUCUGGAGUCCCUGACGCGGCCCAGCUCCCACACUUGUGCUCCCCAAGAAUUCAGGGAAUGAUGCUGGGGCCAGAGGGUCUUCACUAGGCCCAAGGUCAGCACACACACUCACCCCAACGCCCAGAGAAGGGAGAGAUUCAGGUCCUUGGGUGUCUCUGAGCUCUGGGGACCCAGAACCGGCCCCCACCCCAGUAUGUCUUUCAGACUGGGGAGAUCCAAGCAAAAUGUUGAUACCCCCCUCCCCCCACAGCCCUGCUGGCUCUGGGCGGGUGUCUGGGGCCCGGGCUUCACAGGCAUUGGAGUGGUGCUUGGGACAUGGGGAUGGGGGGACCUCAGACAGCAGAAUGAUCACUGGGAAGUGGGUAUCAGGGAAUAAAAUGUUUUGUGAAGA